AUGGAUGUAUACGAUUUCUGCUGUGAGAGUUUGAAGGAUUUAAGGUUGGCGCAUAUUGAAACUUUGCCAGAAGCAGGACUUCGAGUUCUCCUAGGGAAGUGUAAAGCAUUGGAGAAGCUUUGCCUUCAGUAUGUUCGUGCCCUAAAUGAUAAUGGCAUUAUUGCAUUAUCUCGGAGCUGCAGCAACCUUAAAAGCAUCUCACUUUGGCUCAACCUGCAGCGCUACUCAAGUGAUGUCAGCUAUUGUGAGACCAAGACGUCAUUUACUAAUAAGAGCCUUUAUGCUCUAGCCCUCAAUUGUCGUAUGCUUCAGAUGAUAGACCUCAGCUUUAUAGGAUGUGAUGCCGACUGGCCAUCAGAAAUAGGAUUCACACAAGAGGGUUUUCUGGUGCUCAGUCAGUCCUGCCCAAUUCGUGUUCUUGUGCUCAACAACGCCAACUUCUUUGAUGACGAGGGGAUGAAGGCCCUCUCAUCCUCACCUCAUCUGGAGACACUCGAGCUUAUAUUGUGUCAUGCGGUAACUGAUGCCGGGAUGCGCUUCAUUGUGCACACCCCAUGCUUGAGUAAUCUCGCACUUUGGAUGUGUCAUCACAUUACUGAUGUUGGAGUGGCUGAACUGAGGCGUGCACAUAAGUUAGAGUCUUUGGUCAUUGAGUAUUGUUGUAAGGUCUCUGUGCAACCUGCACAGGGUGUUGCCAAGUUGGUUCACUACUCCAGCAACUAUUCAGAUGCCCUUAUGAAGAGAAUUGGUCUUGGCAUCUAUUGA